AUGUCCUCAAACAAGUGCCGCGGCACCGACCUCCAGAACAAGCACCGCGGCACCGCCUCCACCCUCACCCGCAGCGAGGUCCGAGGCGGCGGCCGGAAGCCCUUCCCGCAAAAAAAAACCGGCCGCGCCUGCCGCGGCUCCAACCGCACUCCCCUCCGCCCCGGCGGAGGCGUCAUCUUCGGCCCGAAGCCCUGCGACUGGUCCAUCAAGAUCAACCGCAAGGAGAAGCGCCUCGCCAUCUCCACCGCUGUUGCCAGCGCUGCCGCCAGUGCCGUCGUGGUGGAGGACUUUGUGGCGGAGUUCGCCGAGAAGCCAAAGACGAAGGAGUUCAUCGCGGCGAUGAAACUGUUACAAGAGAGAGAAUACUGA